CUUUACGAAAAAAAUGGCGUUUGAAAUGAAAAUUGCGGUUGUGUCAAUGGCCAUAUGUCUAAUGAUUGUAGCGACGACCGCUACCGAUAUUGAUGGCCGAAUCCAUAUCCGACGGAGCUUAGCUGAUUUUGGUGGAGGUUGUUGCAACGUGUUCAUUCACACUUGUUGUUUUCCUAAACAUUAACUUAUUUACGUUAACAUAUACUGUAUAAUAUAAUUACUUCGUAAUUUUUUCUUUAUAUAUAUUUUUCCCUUUUUUGCCGAGGCGAUUUGAUUAGCUUUGUAUAAAUAUUUAGAUAAGUGGGUGAUUGGACAUAAUAGUAUUGAUUAGCGAUGUAUGUAUCUAUGAACCAAGUGUGUUUUCUUUUUUGUUAGAGGAUCAUCAUCCAUCAAUGUAGUAAACGUUGUGGGAAGGAUA